AUGUCGGAAACGCCUGAGCCAACCCGCCAAGCCGCGGCUGCUCCCGAGGCCCCAGCGGCUACUGGAGGGUCUCCAGCUCCUGCGGCUGAGGCUGUUCCAAUGGCUGCCACUACCGAGUCAGCAGCCUCUCCACCCGCUGCCACGUCGGGUCCUAUUCUUGACCCGCAGCAUUGGGCACAGGUCAAUGAGGAACAAGCACAGGCUGAGGCUGAGGGCGCGGGUGACGACAACGCAGAUGCUGACUCAACCCUUGACCCUGAUAACGCCUCAUCAACUGCUUCCAUCACCUCUAGCAUUCUGGAAUACAGAACCAUUCAUGGCCGCACCUAUCACAGUGAGCAGGGCAAUGCUCAAUAUUGGGCCUCCAAUGACGAGCAGCAAAAUGAUUUGAUGGAUCUCACCCACCAUAUUCUGACCCUUGGUCUUGGAGAUAAACUACACUUGGCUCCUCUCAAAGAAGAUAAACUUCAUCAAGCUAUUGACAUCGGCACUGGUACCGGUAUCUGGGCUAUCGAUUUCGCCGACCAAUAUCCUGGCGCUGAAAUUAUCGGAACGGACCUUUCUCCCAUCCAGCCCUCUUGGGUUCCCCCUAAUGUUCAAUUUGAGAUCGAAGAUUGUACCCGCGAAUGGACCUUCAAGUCCGACUUCGCCGAUUACAUUCACGUGAGAUGGCUGAUGGGCAGUGUUCGAGACUGGGACGCCUUCUUCUCCGAAGCCUACAGAGUCUGCAAACCGGGCGCCUGGAUUGAAAGCCAUGAAGCUUCCUGCAACGUAAGCAGCGACGAUGGCACUGUUGCACCUAAUUCUGCUAUGGGUCACUGGGGUGAAUUCUUCAAGGAGGGCGGUAAAAAGAUCGGUACGAGCUUCAGUGUCGUUGAGGAUGGCACUCAACGCAAGGCUAUGGAAAAGGCCGGUUUCAUCAACAUCCAAGAAUUCGACUUCAGAAACCCUGUUGGAACUUGGCCCACGGACCCCGUUGAGAAGCGCAUGGGUGCUUACUCCAAAUAUGGUCUUGAGACAGAUAGCGAGGGCUUUAUUCUGUUUAUGGCGCAUACACUUGGAUGGACGAGAGAUGAGAUCCUUGUUUACGUUGCCCAGUUCCGAAGAGAGAUUCGCUCUGGGAAGCAUCACGGAUACUUUGCUCAGAAGGUUGUUUGGGGACAGAAGCCCGAAACUACAGCUGCUUAA